AUGACUCUGCCUCACACGAAUCAGAAGAUUACGUGGUUCCCCACCAACUUCCAGAAAGCUGCUGGGAUGGACACGUCUAACAGGAAAGUCCUGGUGCUAGUCAUGAUGUUGCUGCUGUCUCAAGUGACCUCCGAAGCUCACAGCAUGUCUGAGUGCUGCAGACAGCCAUCUCGCUCCUGUCGCCUCUCUGUGUUGCUGUGUCGCUCUAGCGGCAAGCCUUCGGGGGGAACCGUCACCGGAGAUGCCGCCGCUGGCAUCCUCGCUCCGGGUAAAUGGAAAGAAGAUGAGCAUCGCCUACACAGCUGGCUCCGCCAGGUCCUGCAGGGCUCCCGGAACCAAGCAGCAGGCAUCCUGACUGUGGGGAAAAGGACUGAAGAGAGGGCUGGAGAGCAGUACAUGGACCGGAUGGCUCAGUCAGGAACAUCCAUCACGACGCCCCUUCCUGUUUGA